GUGUUCGCCAUUCAGUAUUCGCCGUUCGGCAAUUUUUAUUCCCGCUAUGAAGCUAUCCAUUUAUAUUUAAAUAAUAUUAUACAUUAUUAUCCCUUCCAUUAAUCAUGUUAUACCUCCUCGCGUACCAAUAAAAACAAUUUUUUGUCAGAGUAUGAAAAAAAACCUCUCGACAUCCGAAGGUCAACCACACAAGUUGUCUGGUGGUCGCCUUUUGCUACUUCAAUAAUAUUUAUUUAUGUUCCUGUAUAAAUAGGUAUACAAACUGUUAUGGCGUUUAUUUAACUAUAUUUAGUGUAUUAGUUAGGUCGUUGGCUAAUUAUUAAAUUAUUUUUUAUUGGUUUAUUAUAUUUAAAAUUGUUUCUUGACUGCCUAUAAUUAGUAUUGAAAACAUGAGUCUCACAGACACCGUUGGCAAGUGUGCUGCUAUUGCUACUAUUGGAACAUUCUUUGCUCCUGUUCUCAUAUGUCGAGAUAUAAUAAAAAAUAAAAGCACCAAGAAUGUUGAUCCUACACCUUUUGUUGGAGGUAUGGCUAUGUCCAUACUUAUGAUCAAAAAUGGAUUACUUAUGAAUGAUCCUAAUAUUAUACCAGUUAACAUUUUUGGAUUUAUAUUAAACUUGAUUUAUUUUUUAGUGUUUUAUUUUUUUACUGCUGAUUCGAAACCAUUAUUUUCAAUGUUAACUAAAGCUACAUUAUUCACUGGUGUACUAUGGGGAUACUCAACAAUUGAAGAUGAAAAACUAAUUGAAUACCGUUUUGGAGUUAUUCUCACUGUAUUAAUGUUGACACUUAUUGGAGCUCCUUUGUUUUCUUUGAAUGAUAUCAUUAAAAACAAAGAUGCAUCAAUGCUACCUUUUCCAAUGAUUGCUUCUGGAACUUUUGUUGGUUUCUUGUGGUUAAUUUAUGGGUUGUUAAUAGACAACAUUUUUAUUAAGGUUCAAAACAUUGUAUCUGUUAUAUUGUGUUUGAUACAAUUAGGAUUAAUAUUUAAAUAUCCUAAACCGGAAAGCAAGAAACUUGAUUAAUUAACCUAGUUAUCAAUUUAAUGUAGCAUUUAUUUAUGUGUACUGUGAUUAAAUUAUGCAUCCUUCAAUAUUAUAUUAAUAUAAUAUCCUUACAUUUCCAUUAUUUUAAGUACUAUUUUCUCUACUGAAUUAGUCAUUGACAGCUUUAGAUUCUUAAAUUUAAAAAUGUGAUUAUCAAAGUAAUAGAUAUUAAUUAUGUGCCAUUUUUUGUUUUAAAUAUAAUUAUAUUUAUUAAAUAUUAUCAUACAAAUUACAAAUAAUCAAAAUCAUUCCAAUAAACUAAAUUAAUUUAGUUACCUAUUUCGUUGUUUUUUAGUUGUUUAAAUUAUUGUGAUCAUAAAUAAAAUGUUAGAUAUUAAAUGUCUUGUAUUACAGUUAAUUAAUUUGUUCAAACAAAAACUCAUAUAGGUAUUCUAUAUAAUAAUUAUUUUUUGCUUGGUAGGUACAUGUUUAUGUUGUUUUAUAUAGUUUUAAAAUUAAAUAUUGAAUUUGAAGUAAGUACUUUCCCAGUGGGAUUUGAUACCGACCAAUCUAGUGUGUUAGUUGUCGGUUGUUGGAAAUGGUUGUAAUUUAUUAAAUAUAUUAACUACACCUACA